AUGCCUCACCUCGGCCGGAUCGAAUGGCCAGACAUUGGCCAUGCCGGUGACCUCUGCAAAGCGCACGGCAGCUUCAGGUGUGAGCACGUACGUGAGCACAUCAACGGGCAGCCAAGCGCGCUCACCGCCGCCGACCACAAGGGCAUCCCGCUGCUGGCGGCCCUCGACAAGCAUCUCGUCGCCGCCCUCCGCUCGGGCGCUAUCAAGCUGCUUCGCGCCGAGUUCCUACGCGCCGACGGCUCCGAGGCGAUGCUGCCCGAGCUCCUCCGCCGGCAAGAGCUGGAGUGGAUGGAGACGGAGAUAGGCAUCCGCAUCUUCCUCUCGCCGGAGGAGGCCGUUGCGGCGCUGCGCUCGCUGAGCCGCGAAGUCGCCGGGCUGACUUACGGCUGGGCCUCGCCGGACCACCCCGACGUGACCGGAGAGUAUCUGGCCAACGUGCGGCGCUUCCUGCGCCACCCGCUCGGCGAGCACGUGACCGCCCUCUUCUGGGACUUCUCCUCGCUCCCGCAAAAGCCAAGGACGGCGACCGAGGACAAGCUCUUCUAUCAAGCUCUCGAUGUCAUGGGCGACGUCUAUGCCUCUGCCCUCGGCACGAUCGUCAUCCGCCACCGCUCCGUGCCAGCCCGCCCGGCGGAGCUGGACGGCGAAGUGGUCAUCCUCGUCGAGAAGGGCGGCGGGCUCGAUGGCGCCGGCGCCGAGGCGGAGCUGACGAUCGUCGUGCAGCUCAAUGGCGAGGCAAAGACGGUCACCUUCGUAAUGGAUCCCGUCAACGACACGGCCGAGGUGGUCGCGGACGAGAUGGUGGAGGAGCUCGAGCUCGACCGGUGGGACGGCACUCGCGAGGACAUCAUCUCCCAGGUCAACCGCCUUCUUGACGAACGCCGCACUCCAGCCGGCGCCGAGGCUAAGCUGCGCCGUGCUCUCGGGGCGUUUGAGAACCCGCGCUACGAGGAGGGCCGGCGGCGCGUGCGCUUCCCAACGCACGCGGCGGCGGAGGAGGCGGUGGCGGCAGCAGCUGCAGCGGGUGCGCUGCCGGGCGCGAUCGCCGUCUUCCUCUUCUACAACGGCCGCCCUUACCACGCUCGCGGGUGGACGACGUUUGAGAGCGCGGUGAGCACCGAGGCGCUCGCGCAACUCGCAUACUACCCAGGGCUGGGCAAGCUGCUGGAAGAGCUUCCGCCCAAGGUCAUCGAGAUCGACGGCGAGGGGCCCCGUGUGGCGGAGAUGGAGGACCGCGCCGACGAGGGGAUGGGGCCGCGUAACGAGCGCGUGAUCGCCGCGAUCGAGGCGGCCUCCUUCACGGGCAAGGGCGACAAGCCGGUGGUCGUCCAGCUGUACCGUGACUACGCUAUCAAGGUGAACAACGCGAUGGUUCGCUCGGGCGAGGUGCAGAAGGGGGAGUACGAGGGCGAGUACAACGCGGCGGGAGAGCGCGAGGGGCGCGGCGUCUACCGGUUCGCCAACGGCAACGUCUACGAGGGCGAGUUCAAGGCGGGUAAGAUAGAGGGGCGCGGCGUCUUCCGGUACACCGACGGCGACGUGGUGUCGGGCUUCUGCAAGCAGGGCGGCCCCGUCGGCGAGGGCGUCAAGUGGAUGGCGGACGGGCAGCGGGCGGCGCAGCUGCGGGACGGGAAGGCGGUGGAGUGGAUCUCGCUGGAGGAGGCGCGGCAGACCGCCGAGCGGCUCGGGCUCCCACUUCCCUCCCCGCUGCCCGGCGCGUGA